AUGUCGUCCGUGUGUAUGGGUCUGGUGGCCGUGCGUUUCGUGUUUAACUCCGGGCGAUGCGGCGGGUCCGGCGGUCCGCCGGGGGUUGUCUCUCAGACGGAGAGGUCCCCGGGGGCCUCCCGAUGCGGCGAGGGGCGCGCGUACUUUGCGGCGCAGCGUUGGUUUUUGAACACAAGUGUGGGGCGCGUCGUACUUUGGGACCACGGCGUGAGGCGCAACGCGAGCGUUAGGGACGCAGCGCCUUGA